UAGCUCUGUGGAUCGACGAGGCACGCAAGCCACCCCACCACUGCGAGGUACGUUGCACCAACUGGUGGUGAUUAGGUCGGGUGGAUAACAGGAGGGUAUAUAAGUCGCACGUGGUAACAACAGCAUCAAAACAUCAAGAACAAUGCGUCUGGUGUUUGUGGUCGUGGCCGUCUUCCUCGGCGGACGAUGGGCGUCAGCAGCGGAUCCGACAGUUGCUUCCCUACAGGCGCAGAUCGAGCACCUGCAGCAGAGCCUCAACAGCUAUCAGAAGAUUGUGGAUGACGUGGCGGCCAUCUUGACGGAUUACCGGCGGACGAUGACGGACAUGGGCAAGCACAUGAUGCAGAUGGAGCUCUUUGUGCAAGAGAGAAUCCGAUCUGACGGCCAUUCAGGUGCUAAGCAGAUGCGGGUGGACAGAGAGGGGACCAGGUCUUUUUUUUCCAACUCCCACGUCGGCACCCACAUAUUGGGCAUGCACAACCACGUCGACUACGACCGUACCAUGGGCCUGGGCGAGAUGAACAUCGUCAUGAACGGCGUGGACUUCAAGACGAGGCACAACGACUACAAGCUGUCCAUGCCGUCCAAGACCUCCACCGGAUAUGACGAAACGCAGUACAUCGACUACCCGCCGGUGCCACCUGCGGUUCUUGCGAAAGCCACAGUGGAGGAGCAAGUGGCUGAAAUGAAAGAAUAUUUCCGUGCCUUCAAAAAUCAAGAUUACACCCACAGAGAUUACCGCCCCUACUUCAAGGCGGUCAUGUGCUACAUAGAGGGCGCUUGGACUCUGGGGAAAGACUUCAAGGAGUCCUUCCCAAGUGACCGCCAUUAUUUCGACACAACCAGCUGGGAAGAUCUCGAAGAAAAGAUUCGCUACACAGCUCAAUCAGGCACGAAGAGCAUCAAAGAAAACUUUGGUUAUCUCCCAUCCAUUAUUUACAACGUCGUGAACGGUGUUCCCUUGACAGCUCAGUGGAAUUAUCGCAUCCUGUGUGCUCCCAUCGACUUCGAUUUCCCGACUUCCUAUCUCAAGCAAGAGGAGGACCUCAUGCUGCGCAUGUCCAGGAACAUGACCCAGGAGGAAGUCCUGUAUUCCCGCAUGGCUCGCUUCCGCGUGGUGGACAGGACCGAAGACGAGGUUACUCAGUUCACGGUGCUGGACAAAAUUAUGCAAAGCAUUCCAGGAAAGAACAACUACCCAGCCAAGAUGUAUGACAACUCCUCUGGGGCGGAGAUGGAGAAUGUUGAGAAACCGAACUACCAGACACUCAACACAGGGUACUACAGCCGCUACUAUCGCACUGAACAGAUGGGAGCCAUGGGCACAAAGGUCAUCCACCGUGGCUUCUCUGACGAGAAUCUGUGGGUAGCUGAGACCACGCACCCACAGAUCAUGCCGGUGUCAAUGACCGACUGCUGGCGAGACCCUGUGACCCGUGCUGUUCUGGAGAAUACAUGCACCAGAUUCACCCACCGCUUCACCUAUGCUUUGCCCCUCGAGAUCGUCUACAUGACCCCCCUGCUGGCAUGGAACCCAUACGAUCUUCAAUAUACAGCAGUAGACAACAAAGUGUACACCCCAAACCUACGAGACAACAGGGACGGCAGUCUGACGAAAGAAAAGGCGUACAACGGCACCAACAUCAGCACCUUCUACCGCACGCCCAGCCAGUUCUUCGUCGGUAACGGCAUCGGAGACUUCGACCCAGGCGACACCGGCAAGACCGCCAUCGGCGUGCUCGAUCGCCAUGGCAACGUGCGCAGCAUGGUGGCUUCCGGAACCAGAAUUUAUGGCGAGAUCGCCGACGUUGGGAAAGUCCGCUUCCGGUACCCUAUAAUACCAGUCCAUGGAGAAGGAAGCGGUGUUUGGAAAGAACUCAAUGCCUUAAAAUACAUGCUAAAGCGUCAUGAACGUGCUGCUGGUCAAACUCAAGCACCUCCAGUGACGCAUAAUGGGGAUGCAAUUGUUGGAUAAAGAGACAAUUUGCCUUCAGUGUUUCCUGAGAUAAGUGGAGUGUGAUUCAUUCCACUUUCUCACAUUCUGCAAGUAAAUUCUCAUGGAAGCUUGAUGGCAACAUUAUCUUCCAUUUGUAAACACUUUGGCGCAUUUCCAGUUAAGAUUACAUUUGUAGCAGAUCAUUUUUAUAAGAGAUAUUACAUCUGAGAUAAUCUUGCUCCUU